AUGUUUUUAGAAUCAAAAGUAUUUAAAAAGGAAGAUCUUAUUAUUGUUGCCCAAGAAAUUGGCGAAGUAUUACCUCAAAAAGCUACUGUAGCGGAUCUGAAAACGAUCAUUUUGAAAAGUAAAGAAUAUUUAGCUGAUCCAGAUUUUGUAACAAGUGUAUUGGUAGUUACUGUCAAUGAUCGACAACAAAAGGAGGAAUAUGAAGAAAAAGAGAGACAAAGAGAAUAUGAAGAGAGAGAAAAUAUAAGAAAACAUGAACUGGAGUUGGCGAGACUUCAAGCUACAUCGCAAAGAUCCGGUGAGUCUCCGCCAAAUAUUAUUAGUGCCAGUGCCAGAAAGCAGUUUAAUUUGCCAAAAUUAGAACUUAGGCAAUUUAGUGGUGAUUUAAAAGAUUGGCUAUCAUUUUGGGGACAAUUUGAAAAAAUUAAUAACGAUACAGAUAUUGCCCCUGAAAAAAAAAUUUCAAUACCUGAUUCAGGCUACACUGUUGGAUCUAGAGCUAGAGAAGUUGUAGAAAGCUUUCCUCCAACAGCUGCAAACUAUACCAAAGCAGUAGAUAGCCUCAAAGCCCGAUUUGGCAAGGAUGACCUUUUGGUCGAAGUUUAUGUUAGGGAAUUGUUGAAGCUUAUUGUUUCCGUUCAAAAGCAUAAAAAUAUAUCUAUGACGUCCCUUUAUGACAAACUAGAGUCAUAUCUUAGAGCUUUAGAAACGUUAGGUGUUACGACCGAGAAAUGCGCUUCAAUACUAUUGCCUAUGGUAGAAUCUUGUUUCCAAGAAGAGUUUCUAAAAGCCUGGAACCGAAGUUAUUCGCGCGUUGCUUCAGUUGACGCCAAAGAGCGAUUAACAAACAUCAUGGCUUUUCUGAAGGCAGAAACGGAAGGUGAAGAAAGAAUUAAUUUGGCCAUGUCAGGUUUUGGCUUGGGAUCUGAUGAAAAACGCCAACCCUUUAAAAAGAAAGCAAGAGAUUUGCCAACAAAAAGAUUUCCAACAGCGGCAAAUCUAUUGACUACAGAUGUAAAAGAUUUAAAGAAAGUGCGUGUGUUUUGUUCAGGGAAACAUAAAAGUUCAGAUUGCUUUACCGCUCGAAAUAUGACUUUAGCUGAAAGAGAGAACAUAGUAAGAGAAAGUCAAUGUUGCUUUGCCUGUUUAAUGCAAGGACACGCAGUUCGUAAGUGCAAAGCUUUUAUAAAAUGUGUCAUAUGCGGUAAAAGAUAUGUGGUACUAAUGUGUGAAUCUUUAGCUGCAAAAAAUCGUGAACCUGAUAAAUCUGGGCAGAAAAGUGAAAGUUCUGAAAUAAACAUGUCCAACAUCACGUACGGUCCGAAAGUGUUCCUUCAAACUAUGAAACUAAAGCUGAUAUCUGAUAGAAAAGAAAUUGUGGUGAGAGCGGUUUUAGAUUCUGGAUCACAAAGAACAUAUAUUUCAAAAAAUUUGACUGAAAAGAUGGAAUAUGUUCCCUUGAGAAAAGAAACUCUCAUACACUCUUUGUUUGGUGGUCAUAAAUCAGAUAAAUUUGAACACACGUGUUAUAGAAUUAGAUUAAGGAAUCCAGAGAAUAACUUGACUUGUAACAUGGAAGCUUUAGAUCAAGCAUCUAUUUGUGAUACUAUAACACCUGUUAGCUUUGGACCCUGGUUAAAAGAGCUUGAAGAAAUGAAUAUAAAGUUGUCAGACGUCGGAAAUGAGUCACAACCAGUUCAAAUUCUGCUUGGAGCUGACGUAAUAGGAAAACUUAUGACAGGAAAACGAAGAGUUUUGGCAAGUGGAUUAGUAGCAAUAGAGACACUAUUGGGAUGGACUUUAACAGGGAAAGCACCUGAAAAUGAUUUACCGUCAAGCAACGCAAUGUUGGUUACUUCACUUUUAGUAAAAGAAAUGGAUAUUUCUGAGCUGUGGAGAUUAGAUUCUUUAGGAAUAAAAGAUCCUUCAGAACAAGAAUCUAGAGAGGAAUUGCAAGAAGCCUCAAUGGAACAUUUCCUAAAUACAGUGAAAGUUGAAGGAGAUGGCCGUUUUAUAGUUAGUCUGCCAUGGCUUGAUGGGCAUUUGCCCUUGCCAGAUAAUUAUGAUUUGGCGUUAAAGAGAUUGCAAAUGACAACACGCAAGUUGAAAACCAGUUGA